AAUACAAAGUAAUCGAUUUCAUUCAUUGAUUUUACAUAAGAUGAUUAUAAUAUAUUUACGCCAAAAUAAUCUUGAUCAUUCGAUUAAAUCGAACAGUUGAUAUUGUAAUUGUGUUAACGCAAUUGCAACAUGCAAUCUAUUUCCUCUUUUGACUAUGGAUCACUCUAGUGCAGUGUAGUGGAAACUUUUGCGCAUACAUGCAGUUGGUCAUAUAUAGCAGUUCGAUCAAGAUCAGAUGAUUUAUUUUAAAAUUCAGUAGUUCAUAUAUAAAUUAAAAUUUAAAAUCUACACUUUUUUUUAGACCAUUUGAUCAAGAUCGAAUAACUGUCUAAGUCUCUGAUGCUUGAAAGCGUCAACGACCUGACGAAUAUGAAUUCAAUUUCUUUUGACUAUAUAAUGUAAUGCAACAUGCAUGCCUUUACUACAAUUGGAAGGAAUAUCUAAGAGGGCACACAAUGCUACUCAUAAUCUCUUCCAUCUUUCUCAUCCUAUUUUUCCUAAUAAAAUGGUAUUCCAAUUCUACAAAAACCACAAACUCACCACCUUCUCCUCCAAAAUUCCCUAUAAUAGGAAACCUCCAUCAACUUGGCCUAUUCCCUCACCGCACAUUUCAAUCUCUAGCUAAAGAAUAUGGCCCUUUGAUGCAAAUCCAUCUUGGUAGUGUACCAGUUCUCUUAAUCUCAUCACCUGAAGCAGCAAGUGAGAUAAUGAAAACUCAUGAUCGCGUCUUUGCAAAUCGACCUCAAACUAAACUUUAUGACAUACUUUUAUAUGAUUGCAAAGAUGUUUCAACAGCUGAAUAUGGAGAAUAUUGGAGACAAAUAAGAAGCAUAUGUGUUUUACAUCUUCUUAGUGCUAAAAGAGUUCAAUCUCUUCGCGCCAUAAGAGAGGAAGAAAUUGGUUUAAUGAUGGAGAAAAUAAAGCAUUCUUCUUCCAUUUCAUUACCAGUGGAUAUAAGUGAGUUACUCUCCACAACUAUCAAUGAUAUAGUUUGUAGAGUUGCUUUGGGGAGAAAGUACGAGGGUGAAAGUCGAAAGGGAUUUAAGAAGUUGUUGAUGGAUUUUACUGAGUUACUUGGUACUUUUGUUGUUGGGGACUAUGUUCCUUGGCUUGAUUGGUUGACCAAUGUUUCUGGAUUUUAUUCAAGAGCUAAAAAAGUUGCUAAAAAACUUGAUGAUCUUUUGGAGGAUGUUGUUGAAGAUCAUAUAACUCGUCAGAAAGAAGGUAAUGAUGGUUUAGAUAGUGAAGACUUUGGUGAUUUUGUUGAUGUUUUGCUUUGGAUUCAAAGGACAGAGUCACUUGGUUUUCCUAUUGACAGAACAGUCAUAAAGGCUUUGCUACUGGACAUGUUUUCUGCUGGUACAGACACCAUAUCCACCUUGCUAGAGUGGGCAAUGACAGAACUCUUAAAACAUCCAAAUAUGAUGAAGAAAUUACAAGAAGAAGCAAAAAGUGUAGCUGGCGAUCGAACAAACAUAACCGAAGAUGAUUUGGGUAAUAUGAAAUACUUACAAGCAGUGAUUAAAGAAACACUACGAUUACAUCCUCCAAUUCCAUUACUAGUCCCACGAGAAAAUCGACAAGACAUCAAACUAAAGGGUUACCAUAUCAAAGCCGGAACACGAGUAAUUAUAAAUGCUUGGGCUAUUGCAAGAGAUCCUACAUAUUGGGAUCAACCUGAAGAGUUCAAGCCCGAGAGAUUCUUGAAUAAUUCAAUUGAUAUUAAAGGAAAUGAUUUCGAAUUGAUUCCAUUUGGAGCGGGGAGAAGAGGUUGCCCUGGGAUAGUUUAUGCUAUGGCUGCCAAUGAACUUGUGUUAGCAAACCUUGUACAUCAAUUUAAAUGGGAAUUACCUGAUGGUGUUGCAAGAUUGGAAGCUUUGGACAUGUCUGAAACAUUUGGUUUAACCAUGCAUAGAAAGACUCCUCUUUUAGCCGUUGCAACCCUUAAUUAGGGAAAUAUGGGAUGGGUGUAGGUAAUGGCAGGGGAACAUGUUUUUGGAUAUAGGGUGGGUGUGGUUAUUUUCUUUUUUCACUUUUUUGUCAAGUAUUACGGUGGUUAGAAUUCCACUUUUUAAAUGUAAAUAAGUGCAUGUACCAAGAUUUGAACUUCAAUCCUGGUAUGUUUCGCCUUGUCUGUGGUUUAAACAUUUUUAUGUCUCGUUGUAUCUUGCACCGUUAA